AUGAAGGAAAUUGAUUUGAAAGAAGCUGCGUCGGCUCGUCCACAUUUGUCCGUUCUAUCGGCUAUCCCAUCCCAUUCUGUCACUCCACUGCCACCACUCCCGCCCAGACUGCUACCGUCAUCGACACAUAUAAAAGAGCCAUGCAAUCUCCCACCCGAACGCCCCAAACCAGCCCCAGCCAUGGCCCAUCCCCUCAUGCUCGACGACCUCGCCCUUACUCUCCCCUUCGACCCGUCUUGGCCACAGCGCGGCCAGUACCCGUCCCUUAACCUCGCCCCAAUAUUCGUAGACCCAUGGCAACAGCACCAGCAGCGCCAACAGCAGCAAUACUACAACCAGUACGCAAUGCAGCAGAUGCACUGGCGGCAUCCUCAGCAGCGACCAAUAGCUGGGCCCUCCUCGCUCAAGCCACACCGUCAUCCCCAUCCUGCGCCACACGCAGGCUUCACCGCGAAUAUUAAUGUGCCGCUUAUGCCUACUCGCCUCAACAUUCCCGAACUCUCACCCCCUUCUCCCUCUCAAUCGGUUUCACCUACUUCCACCCUUGCGCCACCCACACCAGAACCCACACCGGUCUUGGCUGUGUGCAACGCGCCUCUUAUCCAACCGAAACCACUGCCAUAUCGUCCUCCGGCAUUCCUUUCCCAGUUCGAACUUCCUGAUCCUGACGAGGAUCUCUCCUACCCUCCAUACACCACUUCUCGUGGCAAGCGAAAGCGCUCACGAGACGACUCAGACGAACGCAACGAAGACCCUGGGCGUGUGUACGGGAAGCGACGAGCCACCGAAGCUGCCAUCCGUCCACUUCCCCCGCCCUCUUCUUACACUUCGCAUCUAAACUCGCAUCGCCGUUCUCUGAGUUGA